AUGUGUCUCGUUCAACUCCACAAGUCUUCCAAGUCCACCUCCGAAAUCGAUUACUCCGUCCCCGCACGCAUCGUCAUUACAACGGAUGAGAAGCAUCACGUAAUCAACUCCCAGCGCCGUGCAUCGGUUUCUCAACCGCCGUACAUCCGAGCCCAGCACCGGAAUACGAUGGCUUCGGGUGGACCGGGGAGAGCCUCGUAUGUGUCUUCGAGAGGAGCUGCCUACCAUAGAUGCAAUGAAAAGUUCUUCUAUGGACGGGAUAGCAGUGAGCCGCUACUGGAGUCGGAUUCGGAUUCGGAUGUGUCCUCGACAAAGUCAGAAAAGUCGGAUACGAGUACGGUCUGCGGCACUGUUAAUGGAAGUGUGGUUGUCAAGUAUUAG